UGUCAACAGGCGUUGGCUUUAAAGAUGGACGAAGUUAUAAAUACGGCCGAAUGGGAGGCGGAGUGGCUGAGUUUGGACAAAGAUCAGCUGAUUGAGAUGUUGAACUCAUCCUGCCUGGUGGUCAAAGAUGAAUUUGAUCUUUGGAUGGCUGUGGUCAAGUGGCUA